AUGGAUCGACUCCCUACCGAGCUAAUAUGCUUGGUCAGCCAGUUCCUCAACACACCCUCGCGUGCAGCAUUCGCUCGCUGCUCCCGCCGGUACCAUGACAUCCUCCUACCACGCGUCUACACCAAUGUCUUUCUCGGUUACAGCGGUUACAAUAAACCAAGCGAAAUCCGCAAUCCCAGUUUCUUCAACACAGUAAUCCGCAGACCGGAGCUCGCCUUGGCCGUGCGCUCUCUCCACCUCGACAGUUGGGACACAGAAGCAGACCUCGACCGGGGGACGGACAAGCAAUCUCAGGAGAUCCGAGAGGCGUGGGAUCGCACCAUUUUCAAAGAGAUCGUGGCACGGGAUCCCCGGUGGGCAAAGGAGGCACAGUUCUGGCUCGAGGGGCUGGACCAAUGCAUCACAGAUGCAUUCCUCGCGCUUUCCAUGCCCCGGUUCACGAACCUUAGGCGGCUGGGGAUCGAAUAUCCCUACGGCGCCGAGUACUUCAACGGGUUUGUAGCCGCCGGCGUAGUUGAUAGCUUUCCCCACCUCGAGGAGCUGUUCAUCUCCUGGUACGACACCGAGAACGGCAUCGAUGCGUACAGAGCCACCCCUUUCUUCUCAAUCCCCUCGCUAGCCAAGGUCAGCGGCAGUAUGGUUCGCGGAGGCGCAGUUGAUAAUCGUGAAGGCACCCGUUUCUCAAACGUCACAGACAUUGACCUAGACAACAGUUCCGUCUCCGACGGGUUGUCUGCGUGGAUCAACCUCUGCCGCGAGCUGAGAUCCUUCCGAUACAUCCACGGCGGAGGCAUGAUCUCUUGGGACGACGAGCUGAUCCCCAGCGCCUUUGGCGACACACUCAGACCGCACGCGGCAAGUCUCGAGCGCCUGUGGAUAGAGGUCGAGGAGCUGGAUAAUGGCGGCGACGGCGAGGGCAAUAUGUGGAUUGGGUCUCUGGAGAACUACACCGCGCUGAAGAUCCUCGGCAUGCCGUCUACGAUCCUCCUCGAUAUAGAGAACGUCUCGCCGGGGCAGGAAGCGACACGGACGUUAUCAACCGUCCUCCCGCGCUCGCUCAGAUUCCUCUGUCUCACCAACUGCCCCGAGGACGAACUAUCGUGGCUUCCGGGCCAGCUAGAAGAUAUGCUCCGGGUGAGACGGUGCCCUGAUCUGGAGAUGCUGGUCGUUCAGACGUGGAAUACCGAUCUAUGGGAGGUGGAGCUCGGCGGGGUGAGGGAGCUAUGCGAUGAGGCGGGGAUCGGCCUGAGGGUUCGAACGUCGGGAUACAUGUAUACCAGGGCAUGGCCGUUUUAUUCGGCGGCUGGGUUGAAAACCGAGGACUCUGCGGACUCUGGCGAUGAGGGCGAGGAUGUUGAGAGGCUGGCUCUUGCUAUUCAGGACUUGCGCGUCCGCCACUAG